CCUGGAGGCGGGACCAGAGUAAAGCAGGAACAGUUUAGGUCGUAGUGUAGAUUUAAUGAGGUCGGCCAUGCUGGCGACUUUUCCCCUUUUCUUGCUCCUGGCAGCAGGAAAUGACGUCACAGGGGAUACGGGAGACAAGAAUCCCAACUUUGUAAUCAUUAUGGUGGACGACCUUGGGAUAGGGGAUAUAGGUUGCUAUGGCAACGACACCAUCAGAACUCCCAAUAUAGACAGACUGGCUUCAGAGGGAGUGAAGCUGACCCAGUACAUUGCUGCAGCUCCUCUCUGCACUCCAAGCCGGACUGCUUUCAUGACAGGCCGUUACCCACUUCGCUCAGGGAUGGCCAGCACUGGCCGUGUCCAGGUGCUGCUGUUUCUCGGAGGUUCAGGGGGACUUCCACCUAAUGAGACAACCUUUGCAAAGAGGCUGCAGCAGCAGGGAUACACCACAGGCCUAAUAGGUAAAUGGCACUUGGGUGUGAACUGUGAAUCUAGAGGUGAUCACUGUCACCACCCUAAUCACCAUGGUUUCAGCUAUUUCUAUGGUCUGCCAUUCACCCUUUUUAAUGACUGUGUUCCUGGCGAGGGCAGUGAUGUUUUGAAUGAUCUUCAACUUACACUCCAACAUCUCACCUUGUUGCUAGGAAUAGGACUUUUUACGCUGGUGUGUGUCCGUCUAUGUGGGAUCCUUGAAGUUAGCCUUUGGCUCCUGCUGCUGCUUCUCAUCCUCGGUAUAGUAGCAGCUGCUGUGUGGUAUGUCCCAUUUGGGCUCCUUCGAACCUGGAACUGCAUCAUAAUGAGGAACCAAGAUGUAAUAGAACAGCCUAUGACAGUUGAGACAGUACCCCAGAGACUGCUGGCAGAAGCACAAGAUUUUAUAAAGAGGAAUGCUGAUCGUCCGUUCCUGCUCUUCUUCUCUUUAGCUCACAUCCAUACACCUCUUUUCACAACGCCUGCCUUUGCUGGAAAGAGUCGCCAUGGCCGCUAUGGUGACAACCUAGAGGAAGUGGACUGGAUCGUUGGUAAAAUAACAGAAACAGUGGAUUCACUCGGCCUUGCAAACAACACCCUCCUGCAUUUCACAUCAGACCAUGGUGGCCAUUUAGAAGAUGCACAUUCUCUCUUCGGCCAGAAAGGAGGCUGGAACAGUAUUUAUAAAGGUGGGAAGGCAAUGGCAGGCUGGGAAGGGGGGAUCAGGGUUCCUGGAAUUUUCCGCUGGCCUGGUAGACUGGCAGCAGGAAGAGUAGUGGAUGAGCCGACUAGCCUCAUGGAUCUCUACCCCACUCUGAAAUACUUAGCCAAGGACACCCAACCAGACAGACAUUUAGAUGGCUAUAACCUCAUGCCUCUGCUGGAGGGAAAAGCAGCACGAUCAGAGCAUGAAUUCAUGUUUCACUACUGCGGCAUAAACCUGAAUGCAGUACGCUGGCACCCGCCUAAUAGCAACUCCAUCUUCAAGGUUCACUUUUUCACUCCAAACUUCUUCCCACCGGGUGCUGGGGGCUGCUAUGACACCGGGGUUUGCAUGUGUCAUGGAGAACAUGUGACACACCAUAACCCACCACUGCUCUAUGACCUUUUUCACGACCCCUCUGAGUCCAGACAACUGACCCCUGAGACUGAGCUUCGAUACACUGAGGUCCUUGAGCAGACUGCCAGGGCUGUAGAGAGGCAUAAAAGCACCUUCCAAAGCAGAAAUGUACGUGGUGACAUGGAUGUUCAGUCCAGCACUGUUCAAAACCAAAUGAGCUGGGAAAAGAUUUUGUGGAGACCGUGGCUUCAGCCCUGCUGUGGUACCUUCCCUUUUUGUGGGUGCAAAGAGGAAACAGACCUUUAUGAGAAGACUUCAAUUUAGUUAAGGUACUUAUUAUUGAGUGAGGUCAAAAUGUUAUAGUUCAAAGUGCCUUAAUGGGAAUUUGUUUUGAUUUUUUUGUUUAUUUGAGGAGAAAAAUAACUCUUUUUACAUGCAGGUGAUUUAGGGUUUAUGAUCAUUUUUAAGAUUCAUAAUGGAAACUUUUUGGUUAAAGACCUUGUUUUUCCUAUUGUUUAUUAAAUUCUUAUUCUAAGAGUAAUAAAAAAACAAUAAAGAUGAAGGUGGGAUUAAAAUGAAAUAUUAGAAUUAUUCAAAAUGUGUCAAAUUUAAUCAGAAUAAUUCAGAUUGGAAAUGGAAGAAGUUAUUUAAGUGAAAUUACUGAAAUUACUUCUUAUACUGUGUAACAAAUAAAAUGGAUAUUUUUGAACAAUUUUGUUUCAUGUUUUA